UCCUAGCAGUUUGAGGUGCAGAUAUUCAUUCCUGUUGCUUUCACGCCUAGUCAGUUAUUGUAGGAUUCAUUUUUGAAAUAUUUCAGCUCGUCCGACCUGAUAAUCGAGUUUAUUAUUACCGAAACCGGACUGUAAUUAUUCGAUAUGUGAAAGUAAAAACCCCAGAGAGGAAGCUAACUGACGGAGAGAGAGAGAGAAAGCUCGGAGGAAUGAGUGAAGCCGACUUCUCCUCCACUGCCGACAUGGCUGAGAUGAACCGUUUGCUGUACCAGCUGGAGUACACGGAGGGCAUCAGCCUGCAGAUGAGGAUCCCACAGAAGCUGAAAGUGGCACCAGGCUCCUCAGGGGAUCAAGCAGCAUCGUUCCAGGAGGAACCUCACAGCACUAUGAUGAAUGUUCCAGACAGGAUCGUCGUAGCAGACGACGGUGGUGAUGCUCGCUUCAGCAUACCCCGAGAGCUAGAUAUAAUCCAGCCUGCGUCAGUGGAGAGCGUGGCGCUGAAGGCUCCUCCGCGGGUCCUCACCCUUAAAGACCAGCCUCUGAAUUUCCUGGAGCCGGAGCAGUCAAACCAACCUGCUCAUUUCAAACAAGAGGUCCAUUCUCACACUAGAUGGAGGCGUGAGCGCUACGCCAAUGAGAACGUAGGAGCUCACCACAACGUGCAGAUCGUCACAUAUGAUGCUCAUCCGGUGCGUGCGUGUCCCCCUCUGGUGUCUCCUGAGGACUGGCCGAGCAUGUCCAGCGUUGGUGGGAUCCUCUCCUACGUCCAGCUGACCACACGCAGAGCCUUGGAGCAAGUCCUGGUCAUGUUGGUUCCUGCUCACCGCAGAAAUGCUCGUACAGCUUUGGAGGUCAGCGUGGAGAGCACUUUCGAUGAUGCAGCUUUGGUCGAUGCCUCUGCGCUCAGACGACAGAUCGUGAAGCUGAACCGAAGGCUUCAGUCGUUGGAGCACGAGAACAAAGAGCGAAGCAGGCGUGAGAUGGCCAUGUACUCUCUCACCGCGGCUCUCUGGCUGAUAAACGCCUGGAUGUUGGCCCGUCGCUGACUUCUGGAGCUGCUCCCUCCGUUCACUGAUCAUCUCAGGCUGUGUUUAAAUGUUAUUAGAUCUGACUACUGUAUUUGUGUGUGUUUAUUGUAACUUAUUUUGAAAUUAUUUUGAACAAGGUGAAAUUCCGGCCUAAAUUUUAUUUAGAUGCUGCCAUAAAUACGUAUUUUAAAGAGCUGAGAACUCUAGUAAUUAUCUAACUGAUGUCUAAUUAAUAGACAUCAGUAGUUUUAAUUUACCAGAGUGUUACUAUUAUAAUUGGUAAAUAUUCCAACACGGACAACUGUGUAUGACAAGCUAAUGUGGGUAAAAAUGUGAUCUGAAUAUUUUCUGGGUUUUAUUUUAAUAUUCUAUUGCCUUAUGAACAAAUCAACGCAUUUAUAAUAAAAAUAGUUGCAUGAUAUACAAAACUGGAUCGUUGUUGGUGAAAUUUUAGUAGCUGGUUCAACGUUAAUGUUAGUUUUACAAAGUCAUAGACACUUUUGUACUUUGCUCUUCUUGCCGUCCUUCGACUACAAGCUUCAGUUCUUUCUACAGAUGUUUGAUAGGAUUCGGAUUAGGACUCAUCAGACCAUUACUGACUGGCCCAACAUUUUCCUCUCAUUCUUUUUUGGGUGCUUUUUGAUGUUGAUUUGGCUCAUUAUCCUGGUGGAAGACCCAUAACCUGCUACUGAAAAUAAAGCAACCACAAAACAUUAGUGAGCCAGAGUUGGCAUCGCUGCCAAAAUCCAUGCUGACAAACUGAAGAGCUUUUUAGUAAUUGUCUUGCUUAUAAAAGAGGGUCCAUAUUUGAAUAAAAUGCAAAAGUACCGAUAUUUAUCAUUUUUCAGUUAUGCACUAAAAUAAAAAUUAAGAUGCUUUGUUGUGGGGUUGUACAAUUUUUAAUAAUCUAAAAUCAGAAAAGGUUCAUUUAUAUUUUAUUUCUUCUUUAUUCCAUAUGCAAAUAAUCAAGCACUGGAUCUCAUAGUUGUGUAAAGAAGUUGUUAAAUCGUGUUGUCCAGAAUCGAACAAAUGCAGAAAACAAUUAUGGAAAACAAUGUGUGUGUUCUUUUGCGUAAUUGUUGGUUUAUAAUCUAUAAGAUAACAGCAGCAGUGUGAGUUGUUUUCAUGAUGUUAUACAUACAGCAUUUAGAUUAUUACUUUAGAGGUGGAGAAAGUUCUAUUAUGUUGUUUAACCUCGUGGCAUGUUCUAAUUUUUAUUCAUGAUUAUGAUGGAUGUGGAUGUUAAGAACCAAUACAGAAAGAACCAGGUCUGUCAAUUGAAUUAAUCGGAACCUAUUUUCCAAAACAUAAGUGACCAUGUCCACAUAGUUUCUGGAGUGUUUGCACCUGUGUUGUACUGCGUGGUUAAUGAAGCUCAUACAAAAUACUAUAGAGACAAAGGAUUAAAAACAGUUUCCUGCUCUUAAA